AUGCUAAAGAAACCGCGACGCCGACGCCGUGGCCGAUCCCCAUUACCGGCGAUGAGAUGGCCAUCAGCGCCCAUGACGGCACCACCGUUCCAGAAAAUCCCACCAUCCCCAUUGGCUUCUCCAGCUCCGAUCGCUCGUUUCGUCGACGAUGAGCCGAAUCCUAUCAAAAGUCUUUCCGUUGGAAGAAGAAUUGGGAAAACGAUUGGGAAAGCCGUAAGAUGGGAACAACGUCGUCAUUCACUCGGCCGAGAACGACGACAGAAAUCAUCGGUUUUCCUCGAGACCGAGAGUCAUUCAGCUGCCGAAAUCGAGCAUUCGUCGACCAGUAAUGAU